AUGGCCACCGCGGGGGAGACCGAGCGGCUGCUGUCCCCGAACCCGGGCUAUGGCAGCCAGGCCGGCGCCCCGGCCCCGCCCCCGCCCGCGGCCACGCCGGAAGAGGAAGCGCUGCGCCUGCGCCUCAAGUACUUCUUCAUGAGCCCCUGUGACAAGUUCCGGGCCAAGGGCCGGAAGCCCUGCAAGCUGGUGCUCCAGGUCGUCAAGAUCCUGGUGGUCACCGUGCAGCUGGUGCUCUUCGGCCUCAGCAACCAGCUGGCGGUGACGUUCCGGGAGGAGAACGCCGUCGCCUUCCGCCACCUCUUCCUGCUGGGCUUCGCGGACGGCGGCGGCGGCGGCGGCGGCGGCGGGGACGGGGACGGGGCGGCCUACACGCGGGCUCAGCUCUACCGCGCCAUCUUCUUCGCGGUGGACAGGUACCUGGCGCUCCCGGAGCUGGCGCUGGGCCGUUACGCCUACGUGCGGGGGGCGGGCUCGGGGCUCGCCCUGUGCCAGCGCUACUUCCGCCGCGGCCACGUGGACCCGGGAAACGACACCUUCGACAUCGACCCCGGGGUGGUGACGGACUGCAUCCAGGUGGAGCCCCCGGACCGCCCCCCGACGCCCCCGGAGGACCUCGACCCCGGCCUGGAGGACCGCGACCCCGGCCUGGAGGACGGCAGCCGCAGCUACAGGAACCUCACGCUCAAGUUCCACAAGCUGAUCAACGUCACCAUCUACUUCCAGCUGAAGACGAUCAACCUGCAGAGCCUGGCCAACAACGAGAUCCCGGACUGCUACACCUUCGGGGUGCUGAUCACCUUCGACAACAAGGCGCACAGCGGCCGCGUCCCCAUCCGCCUCGACACGGACACGCACAUCCAGGAGUGCAAACACACGAGCGUGACCCCGCGCGGCGACCCCCGCGCGCGGCUGGCGUUCGACGUGGCGGUGAUGGGCACCUGCGCGCUGUCCUUCGUGCUGUGCGCGCGCUCGCUGCUGCGCGGCUUCCUGCUGCAGCGCGAGUUUGCGGCCUUCCUGGCGGGGCGCGGGCGGCCGGUGCCCCUGGGGCAGCGCCUGGAGUUCGUCAACGGUUGGUACCUGCUGCUCCGCGUGAGCAGCGACGUCCUCACCGUGGCCGGCACCGUCAUGAAGAUCGGCAUCGAGGCCAAGCACCUGGCGAGCUACGACGCGUGCAGCAUCCUGCUGGGGUCGUCCACGCUGCUCGUGUGGGUCGGCGUCAUCCGCUACCUCAGCUUCUUCCACAAGUACAACAUCCUGAUCGCGACCCUGCGGGUGGCGCUGCCCAGCGUGAUGCGAUUCUGCUGCUGCGUCGCCGUCAUCUACCUGGGCUACUGCUUCUGCGGCUGGAUCGUGCUGGGGCCCUACCACGUCAAGUUCCGCUCGCUGUCCACCGUCUCCGAGUGCCUGUUCUCGCUCAUCAACGGCGACGACAUGUUUGUGACGUUCGCGGCGAUGCAGGCGCAGCAGGCGCGCAGCGGCCUCGUGUGGCUCUUCUCGCAGCUCUACCUGUACUCGUUCAUCAGCCUCUUCAUCUACAUGGUGCUCAGCCUCUUCAUCGCGCUCAUCACGGGCGCCUACGACACCAUCAAGCACCCGGGCGGGGCGGCGCCCAGCGCGCUCCAGGCCUUCAUCGCUCAGAGUCCACACGGCGCCGCCCCGCGCUGCCCGCCCCGCGAGGCCCCGCCCCCGGCCGCCUGCUGGGCUGCUGCGCCAGGCAGGCAGAGCCUGGAGGAGGAGGAGGAGGAGGAGGAGGAGCCGCAGCGGCUGCUGGUGAACUGAGCCCCGCCCCCCCGGGUCCCGUGUAUUUAUUUCCGCCCUUCGCCCCCCCCUCCGGACGCUCAAUAAACCCGCGAGCGAGCGAGGGA